AGGUGAUUGGUCUAAUGCAGGCCCUUGCUGUUCUGGAUUUGAGUGAGAAUGAACUGGUAGGGCCAAUUCCACCAAUACUUGGCAAUUUGUCCUACACAGGGAAACUAUAUCUCCAUGGCAACAAUUUGACUGGGCCAAUUCCUCCUGAGCUUGGCAAUAUGUCUAAACUUAGCUAUUUACAAUUGAAUGACAACAAAUUGCUCGGUACAAUUCCUGCUGAGCUUGGGAAGCUGCAGCAGUUGUUUGAGUUGAAUCUUGCCAACAAUGAACUGGAAGGUCCCAUUCCACAUGAAAUCAGUUCCUGCACGGCGUUGAAUCAAUUCAAUGUACAUGGGAACCACUUGACUGGGUCUAUCCCUCUGGCAUUCCGCAAUCUGCAGAGUUUAACUUAUCUGAAUUUGUCAUCAAACUAUUUUGGUGAUAGAAUAGCUAUUGAGUUGGGACGCAUCAUCAAUCUUGACACACUGGAUCUGUCUAGGAAUAAUUUUUCAGGCCCUGUUCCAGCUUCUGUUGGUGAUCUUGAGCACCUUCUCACCCUAAAUUUGAGUGAUAAUCAUCUCGAUGGUUCUUUGCCAGCAGAAUUUGGGAACCUUAGGAGUGUUCAAAUUAUUGAUAUGUCUUAUAACAAUCUAUCUGGAAGUAUCCCAGCAGAAUUGGGUCAGUUGCAGAACCUUGCGGCAUUGAUACUUAAUAACAACAACUUGCAUGGAAAGAUACCUGAUCAGCUAACCAAUUGUUUCAGUCUUGCCACCUUGAAUUUCUCGUACAACAAUUUAUCUGGUGUUAUACCUCCCAUGAGGAACUUUUCACGUUUUUCACCAGACAGCUUUAUUGGAAACCCAUUGUUGUGUGGCGACUGGUUGGGAUCAAUAUGCAGACCUGGUGCUGCAAAAUCUAGGGCUAUAUUCUCCAGAACAGCAGUUGUUUGUAUGACAUUGGGCUUCAUCACAGUAUUAUCCAUGGUGGUAGUUGCGGUUUACAAAUCCAACCAAGCAAAGCAGUUAGUCAUGGGAUCUAGCAAGAGUGGGCAAGGUCCUCCUACACUUGUAAUCCUUCACAUGGAUAUGGCCAUACACACCUUUGAUGAUAUAAUGAGAAUUACUGAGAAUCUCAAUGAGAAGUAUAUUAUAGGGUAUGGUGCUUCUAGCACAGUGUACAAGUGUGUACUGAAGAAUUCCCGACCAAUGGCAAUUAAGCGAAUCUACAAUCGGUAUCCAGACAACAUGCGGGAGUUUGAGACUGAACUUGAAACCAUUGGCAGUAUCAAGCAUAGAAAUCUUGUUAGCUUGCAUGGGUAUUCACUGUCGCCACAUGGAAAUCUCCUCUUCUACGACUAUAUGGAGAACGGAUCUCUGUGGGAUCUGCUUCAUGGACCAGCAAAGAAGGUUAAACUUGAUUGGGAAACAAGGUUGAAAAUAGCUGUUGGAGCUGCACAGGGACUUGCUUAUCUUCACCAUGAUUGUAACCACCGAAUUAUUCACAGGGAUGUUAAAUCUUCUAACAUCUUGCUGGAUGAGAAUUUUGUGGCUCAUCUCUCUGAUUUUGGAAUUGCAAAAAGCAUCCCAGCUGCAAAGACCCACGCAUCAACUUAUGUUCUUGGAACAAUUGGCUACAUUGAUCCCGAAUAUGCUCGAACUUCUCGGCUCACUGAAAAAUCUGAUGUGUAUAGCUUUGGGGUUGUGCUUCUUGAGCUACUAACUGGGAAAAAGGCUGUGGACAAGGAAUCCAACUUGCAUCAAUUGAUAUUGUCGAAGGCGGAUACAAAUACAGUAAUGGAGACUGUUGACCCAGAGGUCUCUGUUACUUGCAUGGAUUUAUCUCAUGUCAGGAAGACCUUCCAACUUGCUCUGCUGUGCCUCAAGCGAAACCCUAUUGAGAGACCAACCAUGCAUGAGGUUGCACGGGUUUUAGUCUCCCUCCUUCCUGCACCUCCCACAAAACAUUGUUCUGUUUCAAAGGGCAUUGACUAUGCUAAAUUUGCGGUUGACAAGGGACAACAGCAACCGAAAUUGCAGCAGCAGCAACAACCGCAACAGCAACAGCAGCAUCCUGUUCAGGAAGAGAGUAAUUCAUCUGAUGCUCAGUGGUUUGAACGGUUUGGUGAAGUUAUAUCUAAGAACACACUUUGAAGUUUCUUGUCCCUUAUGUUUUGCAACGCUUUGAAGGUGGGAUAAGGAUAGUCCCAAUUUUGGUUCAGAUGGGUUU